GACAUGUAUUUACGAAGAUAAAUCGCCUUUAAAUGAACAUAAUUUCUUUUCAGUGUUUUAUUACUGAAUGCGUUUGAUUACGAGAAGAUUCUUUUUACCGCAUUUAAUAAGCUAUAGCAAAUCACAAAAGUUUGAAAUCCGACAAAGAAAUCAAAAUGUUUAAGAAAUACAGUCUUGGUGUUGCCGAUUAUGUUAUUAUUUCUUUGACACUUUUGUUAUCAGCUGGGAUAGGGUUAUGUGCAAGGUAUUUCAAAGGUCAGCAGAAAAUAGCCUCGGAUUAUUUGUUGGCGGGAAGAAACAUGCCAAAAUAUCCAGUCAUCUUCUCUAUCAUUGUUACUCUUACAUCCACGUCUUCCUUCCUUUCAUCGCCAGCUGAAGUUUACAAAUAUGGCAUUGCUGUUUCCGUCGUUACUUUUAUGGUACCCAUAGGAAUGCUUAUAUCAUCAAGCGUUAUCAUACCAGUGUAUUUCAAUUGUGAAGUCUCAAGCAUAACUGAGUACCUUGAAAUGCGAUAUGGACGAAUCAUUAGAUAUCUGGUGUCUGUUAUGUUUCUUCUGCAGACGCUUUUCUACAUGUCCAUAUCUCUUUAUGGAGCAGUUUUGGCAUUGAGUGCUGUUACAGACUUGUCUUUUGAAGUGUCCAUUGUGUCCUUGGGAGCUGUUUGUGCUUUUUAUUGUUCCUUGGGUGGACUUAAAGCUGUUUUGUGGACGGAUUGUUUUCAAGCUAUUUUAAUGGUAACUUGUUUAUUAGCAAUUUACAUAGCAGGUAUCGGUGAUGCAGGUGGUAUUACUGAACUCUUUCAAAAAGCUGCAAUUGGUAAAAGACUGGACUUAUUCGAGUUCAUGCCAGAUAUAACCAGGAGGUAUGGAUUUUGGGCAUGCGCAACUCAAGGAAUAUUGAUUGGAGUGUCUUUUUUUGGAACAAACCAAGUUGAAGUACAAAGAUUACUCAGUCUCAGUAGCAUUAAACGAGCAAAAUCAUCACUUCGAAUGAGUAGCUUCCCAGUGUGUCUCAUGUACACAGCAUGCUGUUUCUUAGGACUUGUGUUAUAUGGUGUUUAUUAUAAUUGUGAUCCAAUCUUAAAUAAAGAGAGAACAGGAAUAAGAAAAUAUGAUCAAAUUGUUCCAGCUUACAUUGUAACAAGAUUUAGUUCUUAUCCAGGACUGACAGGUCUUUGCAUAGCUGGUAUCUUCAGUGCUUCUCUGAGUACUAUUUCUUCGUGUCUAAACUCUGCUUCAACCGUGACAGUCAUAGAUUAUUUAAUACCAAUCUUCAGAAAGUGGAACAUUUCUGAUUUGAAAAUCAUUCUAAUGGCAAAAAUUGUGUCUGUUAUCUAUGGUGGACUAUGCAUUGGUUUGAGUUUUGCUUUUCAACAAGCAGACAGUAUUCGCCAUUUGACUCAAGUAUUUAAUACCUUACCUCAAGGUAUUAUUUGUGCAGUUUUUCUCUUUGGAAUGCUGACAAGAAAAGCUGGUGACAAAUGUAUUUCCUUUGCUGCAGUAGUGACUUAUAUAAUAAUGACCUGGAUAGCCUUAAGUUCUCUAUAUGCCAGAUAUGUUCAACCUACAUUACCUCUAAGCAAUAGCAUGUGUCCUUCAUCACAAAAUGAAACAAUGUCUGAAAGUAUUUUUAAUGUAUCCUCAUCACUAUUACCACCACCAAAUACUGAAAAAGAUCCCUUUGUACUCUACAAAAUGACAUUUAUGUGGUAUUCUUUCGUUGGAUUUCUUCUGACAAUUUUACUCACAAUUUUUGCUGUUUUAAUUACGGGUGGUUGGAAAAAGAAUGUAAUACCUGCCGAUUCCAAAUACUUAAGCCCAGUUACACGAUUCUGGAUGGACAAAAAUGAUGAGUCUAAUCUGGAAUUAAAGUAAAACUUAACACUAACAUAAUGUAAUAUAUUUGCAGAAAAAGAUCCCGUUAUUAUGGUCAUCAAGACAUUUCCAAUUUGAAUUAAAUCAGUCGGAAUCAAUAUCGGAAGUCUUUUGGUAGCAUUCUAAAGAAGAACUUUUUAAAUUAUGACUUAGUACUCAUUAUUUUCUAUAUUAAUUUAUGUAAAAAUAUUUGAACAGAUAAAAUAAUUAAGCAACUUUCAGAGUGCUUAAAUUCAUGUUAGGUACGAAAGUAAUUGCACAUGCAUACAUGAUGUAACAGGCAGUUAAAUACUAAAAUAAGAUGGGUGAUUUUCCAAAAUUUCACAUUUUCAAAUCACGUAUUCAUAAAAGCUUAAGUGCUUUGAAAAUUCUGAAGAAAUCAGCAUUUGUUCUUCACUACAGGCGUGUGAUAGUUUUUAUGUAUAUGACCUGAUGCUAAGCUUCUAUUAACAGUCUUCACAUUAUUACAUACAUUGUUUGCACACAUUUGCAUUAUUACUUCACAUCAUAAUAUGCAUUAUUUAAAAAUAUGUAUUUUCAUGUAUAAUAAAACUGUUGGAGAAUGAUGUCAGCAUUUUUUACCCACCUCACUUUAGAACUUCAAAACUAUUAGAACAUCGGGUGAAUCAUAUCUUCAAAGUUCUCAAUCCAUCUAAAGGAAAAGACUGUAAAUUCCAUAUUUUCCCCUAAAAUUAUAGAAAAAUUCCCUAGGCCAAGGGAAUAACAGCAAUCCUUGGGAAAAAAUUUUAAGUGAUAAACCUUGAAGAGUUAAAUAAUUAAAACGGAUACAAAAAUAUGUAAAACAUUUAAUGUAAGUGUAAAACAUGUAAAUAAAUUAAAUGAGUUUAAGAAAAAGUUUCAGACAGGCCAGGAGAAUGAUUGUACAAUCAUUUUAAAAAAUUUUAUGGGAAUUGUACAUUUUACAUAUUAAGAAAUAUUUGUUAUUAAACUGCAUGAGAAAAUUAUUUCUAGAAAGUAUAUAAAAUAAUAUGCAAUAAUAGUAAUAGCAGAUUAAUAAUAAUAGAUGUAAUUGUAAAAUAGUACAAAUAGUGAAUAAUAGUAAAUUUCUGUCUCAAGUUAAUCUUGUUACAUUUUAUAUGGACAUGAUAUUGUUAGGGUUUUGGAGAACCACGUAAAUACA